ACCGGGCCUGCAAAGUGGUUUACUGUUUGUUGGUUCGUCAAUGGAGAAUGGAGUAUAAUAUAAGUGGGAUCGGAAAUGUAUCGACAGUGCUGCGACCGGAGGCACGUCUCUCGGCCGAGUCUAGGCUGCUGGGCUGGAAUGUGCCGCCGGAGGAACUGCGUCACAUACCCGAGCACUGGCUGACGUACGCAGAGCCGCCAGAGUCAAUGAACUAUCUGCUGGGCACACUCUACAUAUUCUUCACGAUUAUGUCGCUGAUCGGCAAUGGUCUGGUCAUCUGGGUAUUCUCGGCCGCCAAGUCGCUACGAACUCCGUCCAACAUUCUGGUCAUCAACCUGGCCAUCUGUGACUUCCUGAUGAUGUGCAAGACACCAAUCUUCAUCUACAACAGCUUCAAUCAGGGCUUUGCCCUGGGCAAUCUUGGCUGUCAGAUUUAUGGCAUCAUUGGAUCCUACACGGGCAUCGGAGCUGGUGCCACGAAUGCAUUCAUUGCCUACGAUCGCUACAAUGUGAUCACAAGACCCAUGGAGGGCAAGAUGACACAUGGAAAGGCCAUUGCCAUGAUCAUCUUCAUCUAUAUGUAUGCCACGCCCUUUGUGGUCGCCUGUUACACGGAGACAUGGGGUCGCUUUGUGCCCGAGGGAUACUUGACCUCCUGCACCUUCGACUACCUGACGGACAACUUCGAUACGCGUAUGUUUGUGGCCACCAUAUUCUUCUUCAGCUUCGUCUGCCCCACCUCAAUGAUCCUCUACUACUACAGCCAGAUUGUGGGCCAUGUUUUUAGCCACGAGAGGGCCCUCAGGGAUCAGGCCAAGAAGAUGAAUGUGGAGUCACUGCGCUCCAAUGUGGACAAGAAUAAGGAGACGGCAGAGAUUCGGAUUGCCAAAGCGGCCAUUACCAUUUGCUUCCUCUUCUUUGUGUCGUGGACACCCUACGGCGUCAUGUCACUCAUCGGCGCCUUUGGAGAUAAAAGCCUAUUGACUCCGGGUGCCACAAUGAUCCCGGCCUGCACCUGCAAAAUGGUGGCCUGCAUAGAUCCAUUCGUGUAUGCCAUCAGCCAUCCCAGAUACCGCAUGGAGCUGCAGAAGCGUUGUCCCUGGCUCGCAAUAAGUGAGAAGAAUCCCGAGUCCACCUCAGUGGCAUCCACGUCAACCACACAGGAGCAACAACAAACAACCGCAGCGUAGGGACAUUAAGGAAUAUAUUCCAAAGGACUUUGAGAUAAAACUAAACCUAAACUCGUAAUACAAUAUGCCAGGCAAAUGCUAUAACAUUAACUCAAGAAAGAAAAAAAACAAAAAACACUGAAGGAGAACAAGAUUCAUCUUUUAACUUACAAUUAUCAUUUGUAGAAAUCUGUUAUAUUGUUAUGAUAUUAAAUAAAUAGUGAAUUAUUGCAAGCAAAGAAUGAAGAAAA